CGACUUUUUUAUUGCCAAAAACGCAACAAUAACAAAAAAAAAACGCAACAAAAAUGAAAUUGAUUUUUAUUACAAUCGUUUGCCUGGGGUUUUCGUUGUCAACAUCAUACGGACAACCAUUGACCGAACAAUCGGACAAAAAAAUAAAAGUAUCGGUUUUUUAUGAAACAAUUUGUCCAGCAUGUCGUGUUCAUUUUCUUGGAAUGGUUGUAUCCACUCGUAAAUUAUUGGGUGAUUAUUUAGAUAUGGAAUUAAUACCAUAUGGUAAUGCACGAAUGUAUCCACAAGUACAUCGUAUUUAUUGUCAACAUGGUGAACUGGAAUGUUAUGGUAAUCAAUGUCAAACAUGUGUACAGGAUAUGUAUGGUUUUGAAAAACUUUAUAAUUAUGCUAUUUGUAUGUUUCAAUCAAAACAUUUUACCAAUCCAUCGGUUUCGGCUAAAGAAUGUGCACAAACACUUGGAAUGGAUUUUCAAAAAAUCGACGCCUGCGCCAAAGGUGAUCGUGGUUAUGAAUUGGCAUUGAAAAUGCGUGAAAAAACCGAUUCCGCCAAUAUUGAAUAUGUACCAUGGAUUUCGGUUGAAGGUAAAACAGUUGAUUUUCAUACCGAUUUAACUGAAUAUAUUUGUGAAAAUUAUUUGGCCGAUAAAAAUGUUCCCGGUUGUAAAAAAAAGCAAUUUUUAAAAUUUUUAUUUGAAAAAUUUGUUUCCAAAAAAGCAAAAUAAAACAAUAAAGCAAACAUUUUUAUGA